AUGGCGUCCACGCAGAAGAAACCCAACAUCCUCUAUAUCAUGGCGGACCAGAUGGCCGCUCCGCUGCUAUCCAUUCAUGACAAGAACUCGCCCAUGAAGACGCCCAAUCUGGACAGGCUGGCCAAGGAGGGCGUCACUUUCGACUCUGCAUAUUGCAAUUCGCCUCUGUGUGCUCCCUCUCGGUUUGUCAUGGUCAGCGGCCAACUUCCGUCCAAGAUUGGUGCCUAUGAUAAUGCCGCCGAUCUCCCUGCUGACGUUCCGACCUAUGCCCACUAUCUCCGUCGCGAGGGCUAUCAUACCGCUCUAUCCGGGAAGAUGCACUUCUGUGGUCCAGAUCAGCUGCACGGGUACGAGGAGCGUUUGACCAGUGAUAUUUACCCCGGGGAUUAUGGUUGGUCAGUCAAUUGGGACGAGCCGGAUAUCCGUGCGGAUUGGUAUCACAAUAUGUCCUCGGUCGAAAAUGCAGGUCCCGUUGUCCGCACAAACCAGCUUGACUUUGACGAGGAGGUCAUUUACAAGGCGACCCAGUAUCUUUAUGACCACGUGCGUCACCGCAACGAGCAGCCUUUCUGCUUGACUGUUUCCAUGACCCAUCCACAUGACCCGUAUGCUAUGACUAAGGAGUAUUGGGAUUUGUACGAGGAUGUUGAUAUCCCCUUGCCCAAGACCCCAGCCAUCCCGCACAGCCAGCAGGAUCCCCACUCACAGCGCGUCUUGAAGUGCAUUGACCUAUGGGGCAAGGAGCUGUCAGACGAGCGCAUCAAGGCCGCCCGCCGCGCAUACUAUGCCGCGUGCACCUACGUUGAUGACCAGAUUGGAAAGCUGUUGCGAGUGCUUGACAACUGCGGGCUGCGUGACGACACCAUUGUGGUUUUCACUGGUGACCAUGGUGACAUGCUGGGCGAGCGUGGACUCUGGUACAAGAUGGUCUGGUACGAGAACUCGGCCCGUGUACCUUUCAUCGUGCAUGCGCCCAAUCGCUUUGCCCCGAAGCGCGUGUCGGAAAACGUAUCGACCAUGGAUAUCCUCCCAACUUUUGCUGAUAUCGUUGGUGCUCCGCUGGUGCCUGGUCUUCCAAUGGAUGGAGUGUCAUUGAUGCCCUACCUGACAGGGCAGGAUGGCGUGAAGACUGACACAGUUCUGGGCGAGUACAUGGGCGAAGGCACGCAGUCUCCUGUUGUAAUGAUCCGCCGUGGACGCUGGAAGUUUGUAUACUCUCUGCUUGAUCCUCCCAUGCUGUUUGACGUGAAGUCCGAUCCUGAGGAGAGAGUGAACCUGGUCGCCGGAUUUCCCGAACCAGAUGUCGUAAAGAAGCCUGCCAGCGCUCUUCCCACUGCUCAGCUGAAUCCCAAGGCCCCGCCCACUCCCAACGACACUCCACGUGCGUCACCUCAUCCUCAGCCGAAUGGCGCUUCUGCAACUUCAUUCCCCUUCCCAACGCCUCCGCGGACUCCGAGUCCCGCGGUGCAUACAGCAUUGCCGGAUACCACUGAUCCGGUGAAACUCCUUGCGUAUUUCGUGGACGAGGUGCGCGCGCGUUGGGAUCUGAAACAGAUUCAGCAAGACGUGCUGCAAUCGCAGCGUCGUCGUCGUCUCGUGUAUUCCGCGCUGAUCAAGGGAACACCAACAUUCUGGGACCACCAGCCUCAUGUUGACGCGAGCAAGCAGUAUGUGCGCAACCAGGGCAAGGGCGCCUUGGACGAUGUAGAAAUAAUGUCUCGCUGGCCACGAGUGCUGCAGCAGGCGGCCAACGCCGUGGGGCAGUAG